AUGUGGCAGGGAGCCCUGGGCAGUGGGGCCCCUUGCCCCUUCCUAUCAGCCUGCAUGCAGGUGACUUCAAGAGAGAAACGCAGUGUGGGUUUGCACCAAGCUCCCUGCUGCCUGCUCCACGCCCCUGGGGCUCCCCUCCACUCCCUCCAAGUCUUCAGUCCCCCCUCUUCCCCUCCCCACCCCGUCUCUGCCUCCUCUCUCUGUCUCCCUCUCCUUCCUCUCUUCCUCCCUUACCUUGUCCUAACCAGGAAUGCCAGCAGCUGCCCCUGCUCAGCAUGGCCCUACAUUCCUCCUGAGCCAGAAAAGUGGGCACAGAACGGGUGCCCAGGCUGGGCCUCCGAGGGGCCCCACUUCAAAGGCACAGGAAAGAGGUCUGUUUCCCCGUCCACUGACAGGUCGGCUGAUGUCUCGCCAGGCAGAGCCUCUGCCUGGGGAAACAGCCCUGUUGGCCACGCCGGGCACCUGGCUGUUUGA